GUUUCACUAUGGCGAAGGGGAUAAACAAACAGAGCCCAGUGGGUGGAAAGCAGCAGUAACGGUGAACACGUCUCCCCGUUAGUGACUAACAGCAGUUAGUAACAGUCCGGUGACUGGUGGUGGGUUUCGGCAGGGUGUGCUCUCGGGACACGGAUGCUGUCAGUGCGAAUAGCGAUGAAAAGAGCGAAAAUAGUUGGCUUGUCCACACUGAACACCUCGUUUGUAGCAGCCGGUGAGGUGAUACAGGCUAACCGUUAUUGGACUCCGGACCCUUUCUUCGGUCUCUGACGGUUUCUCUCGGCUAAAAAUGGAAAGAGGACAACACUAACACAGCGACCGUUUUCACACAUAAAAAAAACAAAAACAUUCAGCUUUAUUUCGCACGUAUUCUUUUCGAGUCGAGUGGACCAGUCGUCAAAAAUGUUGACAGGAUCUAAAACCACGUUCAAAGUGAGACAAAUGCUCCCAGAUAUCAAGGAGAGGAUGCUGAGUCAGAGUGGGGUGAACGCAAGGAGUCGAGAUGUGUUUGGGCUACGCUGCCUACCAGGCGAGUGUGUACUUCAGCGAGCUGUUAUGGUGAGGAAGAAGUUGACUGCCAGGGAAGGAAGAGGUUGGGUGUCUGGGACCCUUUUCUGUACCCACUUCAGAGUGGCCUUCGUUCCCCAGGACAGUCCCAAAGCUGACGACAAUGCAGACCCAGUGCUUUUAGGAGAUCAUGAUGUGGCUUUGGCGUCCAUAGAGAAGGUUGUGGUUGUGGGCCCAAACAGGACCAAGCUGGUGACCCCAAACUCCUCGCUCAAGUUCACACCAGAGGAGCUGGUGCUUUAUUGUAGGGAUCUGCGAGUCGUCUGCUUCCUGUUUGACCGCCUCACUCCUGACGCACAAGUCAUAGAGAUAACCUACACCAUCGCCAAGACCUACCAGCCUCCUAAACCCGGGUCAGUUUUAUCUUUCCAGAACGCUGCCCUUGGGAGUGUAGAAAUGAAGCAGUUUCUAAGCAACCGUCACCGAAACACCCACAUGAACUGGUAUGAGUCUGCCUCAGACUGGGAGCAAGAGCUGGAGAGAUGCGGGGCCACUGGCUGGAGAGUCAGCUCGGUCAAUGACCGCUUCGAGAUGUCCACCAGCCUGCCAAGGUCCAUCGUGGUUCCACAGAAGGUUUUAGACACUGAGCUGAAGAAAAGCUUCGCCCAUUUCAAUGAAGGACGCAUCCCACGCUGGUGUUGGCGACACCCUCGAGGCAGUGAUCUAAUGCGAAUGUCCAGCUUCCAGAACAACAUCUACCACGAGAAAGACGACAUCAGAAACCUGGAGAUGAUCCUGUUUGGUUGCCAUUCCUCUCUGUGCGUGGUGGUGGAGCUGGGCGAGGAGCUACCCUCACCUGCAGAUAUCCAGCUGGCACACAGCCGCCUGCGCGCCCUCUGUCUGGGAGAUAUCUCCACCUCAAUGUCUGUGCCUGAUGACAAAUGGUUAUCUACCCUGGAAAGCACCCACUGGCUAGAUUACACCAGGUCCUGUCUGAGGAAAGCUUCAGAGGUAGCUUGCCUGCUUCGCGGCGGUCACCUGACUGUAGCACUGCAAGAGGCGGAUGACCGGGACAUGGCCUGUGUGGUGUCCAGCCUGGUGCAGGUGAUGUGUGACCCCCACUGUCGGACCCAGCAAGGUUUCCAGAGCCUGGUGCAGAAGGAGUGGGUGAUGGCAGGCCACCGUUUCUACAGCCGCAUCAACUACCACCGCGACAACGACAAGGAGGAGGCUCCAGUCUUCCUGCUCUUCCUGGACUGUGUUUGGCAGCUCUUGUCCCAGUAUCCCUCUCGCUUCCAGCUGACAGAUGACUUCCUGUUGGCCUUGCAUGACAGCAUCCACCUGCCACUCUUCUCCAGCUUCCUGGCCAACUGCCAGCGAGAGAGAUGCAAACGCUCCCAGAACAUCGGGCAGUCCUACACACCAGUCAAUGGCUGGAGAGACGUGCUUCAUCCGGAUUCUUCCUCAGAUCCCUCUGACCCUCCUCUACCCUCGGUGUGGGACUGGUCGCUGCAGUACAGCAAGCAUAGACGAGACCGCUUCACCCAACCCGUCCCCCCAAUCCCUCCUCUCCAGCCGCUGCUCAAUGGAAACCUCAACACCAACCCAGACGCACACAGGCAGCUGACUGACACCAUCCCCGGCUCAGUCUUCCUCCUCUCUCGAGGCACCUUCUCCUGUCCUGCUAACCUGCUUCCCUGGCGCAGCGGCACUUCAGGCGUUUACAAGAAGAGCCAUCGCAGGGCGCCGUCCUCUGAGAACGUGCCUGGCCUGGAGAGGCUGCUGAAAGCGUGGGCCCUGGCUGAGUUUCCCCAAGGCCUCACUUCCACCUCCGCACCUCAAGGACCACUUGACCCCUUUGAGCCCUUACUGCCUCUCCUCAUGGGGCCCUGCAUGGGCCUGUGGAGGGAGUGCUACCUCCGGGGGGCUCUCCAUGCACAGGCGUUCUCCCACCCUAUCUCCGCAAACCACCCCCACCCUGUGGAGCGGCUGGCCCGGGAGGUGCAGCAGCUCAAAGACAAGCUAGCGCAAGUGUCCACCAGCACGGCUAUAAAGCCGGCCAGCAUGAUGGCCGAGCCCCGGCGGACCGACACCAACCUGAACCAAAACACCAACAAUGGCACCUUCCUCUUCCCAGCGUCAAGGCCUCAGAGCGCGACGAUAGCCACAGCGGCGCCCCCUCCUACCUCCACCAACCACCAGACCUCCAAGGGCGCUCCGCCCGCCUCGGCUCCACCAUCCAGGCCCGGCCACAAAGACAAUGGCGGCAGCAACAAACACACCUUCCUGUUUGGCCACUCUUCAGUAGCAGAGGCCCGCCCUGACCAGCGCUAUUACCCAGCACCCAAUAACGCCAAGCUGCCUAAGAGCAACGGGUCCUCGAUAUCUUCCUGAGGUCUGGUCCUUGUCUUUACUGUUCUCAUAUACGAUCUACGACCGGGUACUAUAACCAAAUCAUCUGUCUGCACAAUAUGAAACUGACUUAUCCCUCACUGGUAUCAUGUACAGUACUAAGGGAGACCAAGACGCAUGUUUCAUGUCAAACAGUAUUUGAUAGAAAAACUUUGGUGGUGAUUAAAAAAAAAGAAAGAAAUUGUAUUAUUCGAUAUUCCACCAAUGAAAUAUAUCUAAAACAAAAAGGACAAGGUGAAGAAGAUGCUUAACAAUGUAUAACAGAGCUUCAUAGGCACAUCUUGCAGUAUCUUAAAAUGCAGUAGAAGCUGUCAUGUCACGUCACCCUUCAAGAAAGACCGAAAGCUUGUAGUUUCCAUUUUUAGCUUCUUAUCCAAAAUGGGUCAUAGAUAAUAGGGUGAUAGGGCGGUUUCUUAAGGGCACUUUGACAGGACACAUUGCAGUGAAUGGACACAUUUGGUUUUCACUGGAUCUAACUUGACUACUUGUCUCCAGAAGAUUUUUUUUUUGACAACUAGCUAUUUUAGAUCUUUAUUAUGUCAUGCUGAUGUGCAAAAUGUUAAUUUCUUAGUUUUUGUAUCGCAGCUUCAAAUAGAAUAAUAUAAUAUUGUUUGGAUAAUGAUUAUUAUAAUAUUUUCUUUUUUGAAAACUACAAUUUUUGCAGGCGCUGUGACUAAUGUGGAAUUUAGGGCAUGAAGCUAUUUUGGUACUGCUCUAAUCAUAUCUCUCCACUUGCAUGCAUACUUGGGAGCAGCGAGAGGCCUAUAUUCAGUUAUAUUCAGUUAUGUGGCUUAAGUCACUACAUAUUUUUUGCAGUAUAGUUCAGCUCCUGCAUGACUGACAUGAUUUCAGGGCUUUAGUUAUAAAAUAUUAUCUAAACUUUUAUCUUUUUCAAAUAUCUUUGACCAUUAUCGGUCUAUUUUUUGAUGUCCUACAUGUAGAUAAGUGUGAAUUAUGAAUUGUUUCUGACCAAAGUUAGUAUUAUUUUGAGAGUUUCUCUAUCAUUUCGUGGUGUAAUUCAAAAAACACCAACAUUAUUCUGCCUUUUGAUUGCCGUACCUUAAAAAAGGUACCAGUGUUGGAAGCAAAGGGAAGCUUUUUUUCCUCUCUGUUUACUUCUCUUUAUUUUCCUGCCUGGAGGUGUAUUAGUAUGCAGCCAGCAUUUAGGUCAAGGACUUGGAAGUGUCUGACUGGUCCUGCGCCUUUAAAUCCAAACAGGUUGUUGUUCGCAUGAUGUGGGUGUCAAGUAGAUGUACUGGCGUCAUUUCCACGGACGGAUGAAAUUGUUAUGAAUUUGUAAAAGCAUUUUUUUUUCUAAAUUUUAUUUUAGGCAGGAGGACAGUCAGAUGUAUGACUGAUGCUGACCUUCCCUCAUGGCAAAAGGUACCUCACAUGAUAGCACUAUGAAUUAUUAAAUUGUUGUAAAUAUUCAUCAAUAGCAAGACCCAUCGAUAGCUACAAUUUCAGAACUUUCCAGGUGUGAUGCCAAUGCAUUCGCUUGCCUUCUGUGGAAAAAAACAUAAGGUCGUCUUUGUCCUGUCACGUGGAAAAUCCAAUUUGAUCUACUGCUACAGCUGUUGGUCUGUAUCGUAUAAUUUAAUGUUUUUGGUACGAACAUCACUUAAAUUUGCCAGAUGUACAUAAUUUUUGUUACAGCAUGUUUGGAUCCUGAUAAAUAAAGUGUUAUUAGUUCAUAAACUCAA